AUUGGUUUCUCCGAAUGGAAGAAAACGGAAAAGCACGCUCUCACACUCUUUGGAAACAUGCUGGAGUACUCCAACGAUUGGUGAAUUUUUGGUUGAAUUCGUGCUAGCAUUCCACUGAAGCCCCUUGUGACGUACUGCUUUCAGCGAUAUAAUGACGAUAUUUUCCUUUUGGAUAUUCGAUAGACAUUGCAAUUGUAUCUAUUCGAGAGAAUGGACACAGGUUUUGAACCCAGCCACGGAGUCUAGCGGCACCAUCAACGCGAAGGCCAAUGAAGACAACGCAAAGCUGCUAUUCGGUGUGCUGUUCUCGUUGAGGAACAUUGCACGUAAAGUGGGCGAUACGCCAGAACAGGAGAAUACGCUGAACUCCUUCGCCACGGCCAAGUACCGUGCGCAUUUCUACGAGUCACCUUCUGGCCUGAGACUGUGUAUACUCAGCGAUCUGGAAACGCAGAAUCUCCAAACACAGCUGAGGGAUGUCUACUCAAACAUCUACGUUGAGCACAUCGUGAAGAAUCCGCUCUCACCGGUCGAUUUCAAGCCGGGGAGCAAAAUCACAAACCAGAGGUUCAUACGGCUAGUGGAUCGAUAUCUGGGACCACAAUGAAGCACCAUAAUACACCAGCAUACAUAGAGAGCCCUCAUCAACACCGAUUGUAGCUGUUAUCUUCACUAGCGAUUGUAAACAAAGCGAGCAGAGGAGAAAGCCCGCGAAUAUUUCCGC